UCUCCCCUCGAAGCCAAUUGCAACGACACCCCACAUCUCACCACCACCAACCAAACGCGCAGACUCCUCUGUUGCCAUUCCCAAGCCCCAUCACCACCACCCAAAAACUAGAAAGCCCACUUCUUUGUCUCCCGAUCUUCCACCACCAUGGCGGCCUCUUCCCUCAUCCACCCAUCUUCCUCCCCUCUCCUCCUUCGCCGUCGUGCCCUCCUCGUACGCCGCCGGCCUGCCGUGGCCCCCAUCCGAGCCCUCUCAGUCCCCGCCGCCCUCGCCCAGGACGACCUCAAAAAGCUUGCCGCCGUCAGGGCCGUCGAGUACGUCAGCAGCGGCAUGGUCCUCGGCCUCGGGACCGGCUCCACCGCCGCCUUCGUGGUCGCCGAGAUCGGGGCCCUCCUCUCCUCUGGCAAGCUCAGCGACAUCGUCGGCGUGCCGACGUCCAAGCGCACCUAUGAGCAGGCUCUGUCCCUGGGGAUCCCGCUCUCCACUCUCGAUGCCCACCCGCGGAUCGAUCUCGCGAUCGACGGCGCCGAUGAGGUUGAUCCAGAUCUUAAUCUUGUAAAAGGACGCGGAGGGGCUCUGCUUCGUGAGAAGAUGGUUGAGGCAGCAUCCGAUAAGUUUGUUGUGGUGGCGGACGAGACAAAACUUGUAACUGGAUUGGGUGGAAGUGGACUAGCAAUGCCAGUGGAAGUAGUGCAGUUCUGCUGGAAGUAUAACCAGAUAAGGUUGCAGGAAUUAUUCGAAGGAGAAGGAUGUGAGGCUAAGCUUCGGUUGGAUGGUAAUGGCAAGCCUUAUGUGACGGAUAAUUCAAACUAUAUCGUCGAUUUAUACUUCAAGACACCUAUUAAAGAUGCAACAACUGCAGGAAAAGAGAUUUCAUCAUUUGAAGGGGUUGUAGAGCAUGGGUUGUUUUUGGACAUGGCAACCGCUGUUAUAAUUGCAGGGAAGGAUGGGGUGACUGUGACCGCAAAAUAAGUUCAUUCCACAGGAUGCAGUGUCCUAAAUUGACCUAUCUUGCAUUUCUCCGAUGUGGAAUUAAUUAUAUAGCAGAGUGUUGGGCAACAGAUAAAGACUAUGUUUUAUCAUUUCUUUCAGUCAAUUCUCUUUUUACUGAAAUCAAACAUUAGAAACAAACAGGCUUUGCUACAAAUAUAUGAACUGAGUGUAGGAUGUGUAUUCUCAUUCUUCUGAUGAACACAAAGGGAUGAGAAAAGGGACCAUAUUUAUGCCUA